UUCACCUUUACUAGAAAUAUGGAGAGCAGAAACCAAUCAACAGUGACUGAAUUUAUCUUCACUAGGUUCCCUCAGCUUCAGGAUGGUAGUCUCCUGUACUUCUUUCCUUUACUUUUCAUCUACACUUUUAUUAUCAUUGGUAACUUAUUAAUUUUUUCUGCUGUAAGGCUGAACACCCAUCUCCACAACCCCAUGUAUAAUUUUAUUAGUAUAUUUUCCUUUCUGGAGAUCUGGUACACCACGGCCACCAUUCCCAAGAUGCUCUCCAACCUCAUCAGUGAAAAGAAGGCCAUCUCCAUGACUGGCUGCCUCUUGCAGAUGUAUUUCUUCCACUCACUUGGAAAUUCAGAGGGGAUCUUGCUGACCACCAUGGCCAUUGACAGAUAUGUUGCCAUCUGCAGCCCUCUUCGCUAUCAUAUGAUCAUGACCCCCCGGCUCUGUGCUCAGCUCUCUGCAGCUUCCUGCAUCUUUGGUUUCCUUAUCCUGCUUCCCGAGAUUGUGAUAAUUUCUACUCUGCCUUUCUGUGGACCCAACCAAAUCCAUCAGAUCUUCUGUGACUUGGUCCCUGUGCUGAGCCUGGCCUGUACAGACACAUCCAUGAUUCUGAUUGAGGAUGUGAUCCAUGCUGUGACCAUCAUCAUUACCGGUCUAAUCAUUGCCCUGUCCUAUAUAAGAAUUAUCACUGUGAUACUGAGGAUUCCCUCUGCUGAAGGGAGGCAAAAGGCUUUUUCUAGCUGUGCAGGCCACCUCAUGGUCUUCCUGAUAUUCUUUGGCAGUGUAUCACUCAUGUACUUGCGUUUCAGUGACACUUAUCCACCGGUUUUGGACAUAGCCAUUGCACUGAUGUUUACUGUACUUGCUCCAUUCUUCAAUCCCAUCAUUUAUAGCCUGAGAAACAAGGACAUGAAGAGUGCAAUUAAAAAACUGCUCUGUCUUCAAAAAGUGUUGACCAAGUCUGGAGGUUAAUUCAGAGCCACAGGUUCUCUUCCAUU